UCCCGGUCGUCUUAUCAUGUUGCACGUAGUUAAUAAGCAAUGCCUAGCGUUUUUACAGUGUACAUACAUUUUUUGCGUGUCAUCGAAUUGUUUUCUUCGUUAAGCCACAACAUCUUAAGUAUUUAUCGCGAAACGUCAAUGCGCAGAUAACCUGAUUAAUAGAUACUAAAAUUGUGAUAAAAUUAAUAUACAGUUUUAUCAGCUUUUCAAAUUAGAAAAGCGAUUUAAUGGGGAUUGAUGUAGAAAAAAUUUCAAACUAUUAAUCAAAUUAUGUUUGUGUGACCUGAUGUAUGAAAAUCAUAAUAGUGUGUCGAUUACCUACAUACAAAUUGUCAAAGUUUUACAAGGCGCCCUGUUAUCAACGUUAUCUGCUAUACAACUUCAAUGAGAUUACAAAGUGUACGAGAAUUAUUAUUCCCUCGCAUGUCGGGAAACACAUUCUUCCGUUUUGCGUCAGUAUAGCGAAAAGAGUGUCGAAAAGAAGACAUAUGUAUACAUAUAUAUUUUAAUAAAGUGUGGUGAAAGGCAGUGAGACAUGUCUGGAAGGGUGAACCAGGCAUUUGAAGAUAAUCAGUUAGAUAUGUUAGAAGAUGGUCGUCGGAAAAGUGAACCUAUUACGCAUCAGAAUAGUAAUUCUUAUCGUCAAGCAAAACCACCUUGGGCAACCAACAGCAAUGCAAUCAACGCUUAUCUUUCAAAACACCGAAGAGUUUUUAAGAUUUUUUGCCUAAUAAUUUUAAAUCUUUUUAUAAUAACCUAUAUAAUCUUCGCGGGUAUAUAUUGGGGAAAAAACCAAAAAAAUUGCGAUUUUCAAUGGUGUGAAGGGUAUGGUUUACUACUUAUACUUACUGGACUUACUUAUCUUGGUUUAUUUUAUUUUUUGAUCGUAAAACGAUAUUUUGGCAAGUACAUUUUAAGAUGCUGCCGACCAGCAACGAGUUUCUUGGAGCGCUUGCAAAGUACCAAAUACGGGACGCGUAUUGGAAUGGCGAUUAUUUAUUUGAUUAUACUAAUAGCCAUUAUUACUUUCCUUAUUAUCGAUACCGCAAAUUCGAGAAACAGGCUAAUUGGUAUUCUCUGCGUUAUCGUCUUGCUAGGAUUAGGUUGGAUUUUCUCUAAACAUCCGGGACAGAUCAAUUGGAGACCCGUCAUUUGGGGCUUGAUUUUACAAUUUAUACUUGGACUUAUUACGCUUCGAUGGCCCGUUGGUCGUAGUAUUUUCCAGUGUGUGUCUGGGAAAGUGGCCACUUUCUUGGAUUACGCUAAAGCUGGCGCCAGCUUUGUAUUCUCGAACGAUCUAGUUACCAAAGGAGUCUUCGCUUUUAGCGUGCUGCCUGUGAUUUUUUUCUUCAGCUUCGUGGUGCAAAUCAUGACCUAUCUCGGUGCGAUGCAAUGGAUUAUCAUAAAGCUAGGAUGGAUUUUGCAAAGCAUAAUGGGUACAACGCUGUGUGAGUCAUUAUCCACCGUGGCUAAUCCUUUCAUUGGGAUGUCCGAAUCCCCCCUUAUGAUUACACCGUACAUCAAUGAUUUAACAUCCUCAGAGUUGCAUGCCAUAUUGAGCUCGGGAUUUUCCACGGUUUCCGGUUCGGUAUUAGCCGCAUAUAUAGCAUUCGGUGCUAAUCCGGCUCAUUUAAUAACCGCUUCCAUAAUGUCUGCACCGACCGCUUUAGCCUUUUCCAAGCUUUUUUAUCCCGAAACUGAGCAAAGCAACACGAAAUUCGAAAAUAUCAAACUUGAGAAAUCAUCGGACAGUAGUAUUUUGGAUGCCGCAACGAAUGGCGCAUUAGCCGCGCUUCCAAUCGUUUUAGGCAUAAUUGCAAAUAUCGUAGCUUUUGUAGCUUUCAUUGCAUUUGUAAAUGGAGUGCUCUCUUGGUUCGGUGGUCUCGUUGGUUACGAACAACUGAGUCUCGAGAUCAUACUGGCGUAUGUUUUUAUGCCGCUAAGUUGGCUGAUGGGUGUUCCUUGGGAACAUUGCGAACACGUGGGAACGUUGAUAGGUUUAAAAACAAUGGUCAAUGAAUUAGUCGCUUACCAAAAGAUGGGCGAGAUGAAGGAGGAAGGCAAAUUAUACGGAAGAUCGGAAGCAAUAGCCACAUUCGCGAUCUGCGGUUUUGCGAAUCCAGGAUCAAUCGGCAUUCAGGUCGGCGUUUUUUCAUCUUUGGCGCCUGAAAAGAAAGAGCAAAUAGUGAAUGUCGUUGUACGAGCCUUCGUUACUGGUACCGCCGUCUGUUUCCUCACAGCUAGCGUCGCCGGUAUGUUAAUUGAUGACGAAUUAUUCUCUUCCGCAAACAGUACAACAAUAUCAAACUUUACUUCAACAACACUAACUUCGUUAAAUGUAAUUUAAAAAAUUGCAUUAGAAUUAGGAACUGGCAUCAGUUCCUAAUUCUAAUGUAGUGAACAUAUCGCAUUGAACUUCAUAUAUUAAUCAUCUCAUCUUUAAAAUUUUCCGCUUUGAGAAAUGACAGUAAGCAAAACAACUGCAAAAUAAUUAUAAGCCCAGAUAUCCAAUUUAAUAAUGGCCAAUUUAAUAAUAUUUAAUUUUGAAAAUUACCUAUUUCAAGUGUUAAAGCAUUAUUGUUUAGUGCUUUUAAUACUCAAAAUAAGUAAUUAAUUACUACAUUCCAGUAUAUUAAAUUAUUUCUAAUAAUAUUAAGAGGUAGUAAUAUAUUUUCUCUAUCACGCUGGCCAGUUGAUAGGGGGAUCAAUUAAUUUUAUUUGGAUGAUAUGUGCACAGGGCAAGAUACUCUCGGUAAUUUGCCAUUACCUUUUUCGAGAGAUGGCGAUUGAAUAAAAUCAGAUAUUUUUGUUUUGUUAUUGAUGCGGUCGGAUUUGAAUCCGGAUCUGCGGCAUAAAGAGCAGAAGCAUAACUCUCUAUGCCACAUGAUGAUGAAUAAAUAUUAAGAGGUAAUAAUAGAUAAGAGGUAUUGCUGGUAAUAAUAAUAAUAAAAAGAGAAUGAAAUAAACUUUAUUAUAAUCUUUUUAUCAGAUAAUAAAUUUUUAUACAACAUAGAAAUAUAUUAUAUAAAUAGCGCACAUUGCCGAGCCUGACCAGAAACGUUGUUUAAACCUAAUAAAAUUAAUUUCGAGCCCAAUAA